AUGCAUUUUUCAUAUCACACUGUUUAUUCUGUUUUUAUCUUGGCAUUAUUUAUUUUUUAUAACCCAACGCUAUGUCAUGAAUUGUUCAAGUACACUCCAGAAGAACUUAUAGACAGAGACUUAUUUCAUCUUCAAAAAGCAAGGAUCGCCUUUUCUCUUAAUAUUAAACCCAUAACUUAUCCCGAUAAGUGUGAAUUAAAACAAUUAAAUUUGAUCAGUAGACACGGAUCGAGAUAUCCAGAUCCAGAUGAUUAUGUUGCCUACGGAAAAUUGGAAAAAGUAUUUGCUAAUGUUCCUGUUGCAAAAAAUUGGGUAAUAAAAAUUAUUUGUCGUAUUUAG